AUCUAUUUAAGGUCAGGAGGAGGAGGGUCAUCGUCGUUAUUCUCCAUGUGAUCUGCUGAUGUGCGUAGGAUGUUUUCCAAACAAAAUCGUAUGAUUCAGUAUCAGUGAAAAAAAAUAGGCAUGUUUGUUAGAUUUUCACUGUAUUUAAGCCAGCAUCUUGAGCACAGUUAUCAUCAGUGAUCUCACGUUUAACCAUCUGCACAGAUCUCCGAAGAUACAAAAUGAGUAACCAAAAAGUAAUCGAUGCCAUGUCUGACGAAUUUGUUAGAAGAAUAGAAAUGAACGUGCUAAGUUCAAAAAAAAGAUUUCAAAAAAUCCACUACACGAAACCCAACAAACGAAUACGACCAACGACUAUUUCUAAGAGACAGUACAACAACAACAACAACAACAACAACAACACUCACUCAGGAACUCAGUUCUGUGACAAUUGUGGACAUUACUUUUGUUUUUGUAGAGAAUCGGUGGCAAAGCAUUCAAUAGGACAAACGGCAUCAGAUCAGCAACAACAACAACAACAACAACAACAACAACAAAGGACGACUAGAAAGGAUGUCUGA